AUGGGAAAACCCAGAUUACGAGGAAGCUCGCCAGUCUACUUGAACCAAUCUCAAUCGGACUUGUCACGUCCACCGUCAGUCUUCGAGGAUUGGGACCAAGAAACUGCAAUGGAAUCCUCACGCCCUACGAGCCUGGCUAUACCGCGCACAGGUUCGCCCUUCACCAACCCACCCACGCUGUCGGAGAUCCUCUCCAAUACAGCACCGCCGCCAUGGACGCUGAGUUCUUUCAUGGCCUACUUAUCUCAAAAUCACUGCCUAGAAACUCUUGAGUUUAUAAUGGAUGCAGAACGGUACAUGAUUAUGUAUCAUCAGAUCGCCCAGGGUCAUGCACCUAACGGACCGGCGACAAUAUGCUCGUUAUGGCGGAAAGUCAUCGAUGCGUAUAUUAUGCCAUGCGCGCCUCGAGAAGUAAAUCUUCCGGCAGACGUUCGCGAUCGUCUUCUCCAGCUUCCCUGCUGCAAGGCAAACCCUCCCAGUCCCUCUGAACUCGACGAAGCAGUUCAGAUUGUGCGAGAGCUAAUAAAUGAUUCCGUCCUUGUGCCUUUUCUUGAGUCUGUCGUCUCAGCUACGGCUGAAUCGCGUGCUGAGGAAGACCCUCAAGAAUAUAGACAAGGACGCUCACGCCUUCGAAUACCCAGGGAUAUCGGAUACGACGACGAAGCAAGCCAGUCACCUAGGUCGUCCUAUCUUCCGCAUUUCAUUAUGGGACGUGGUGUAGCUGGUAACCGGUCUACAUCCGCCUCGGUCGAGACAAUAGUUGAUUUAGUGAUUGACGAUAUUAGCCCGAAUUCGACUCCUGGAGUCGAACCAAUGACACCGCCUACAACACCACCCACCUCGGAUCUUGCGUUCAAUACUUCGCCUAACACUCUGCAAAAAGCGAUUUCGGGAAAUAGUUGGAAGAAGAUGGGUGCCAAGUUAGGGUUGACAAGGAAGAGCAAAUCCGUUCGUCGCGCAGGUUCAACAUCUAGCCAACCCCCAUUAUGA